AUGCGGAUCUCAAUCCGGGAGCAGCUCGGUCUUCUCGUCCUCUUCUGUUCCCUUGCGUCCUUGAUGGUGCUUGCGCUGGCAGUGUGGUUUCAAAAUUACAAUUUCAUCAUCAGCAUAAGGUUAUUGUCCGCACUGUCUUUGACAGCCUCGUUGAAGGCAGCGCAGUUGUCCAGUACACUACUCUUGUAUAUCUCGCAGGUCGAAUCGGUUUCUACACGGGUUUUGAUUCAAAGUGCUUUGUCCAGGUACAAUUCAGGCAACACGAGCAAUGAGAAUUGGGCCCGGUCACAAGGCGACCUUGAAGGGGCACUGGAUAGUGGCGCUUUGCUAGUGCAAGCAGCGGUGUUUCCCAACGCCUUCAAUGGGAACCAGACCGCGGUGAAUGGAUUGCUGAAUGUCACAGCGGCCGACUUGGUAGUGAAGUUGCCAUACUCCUAUCCCAAUGGCUCAGCUGUCUACCUUGGAGACCCUGGUUUGGGAUACCCGCCCUCCCUCUAUCCCAAUCUCACCUACGGAGAUCCAGCCCCCGGGACCAGCUACCAGUCCGUCUCUUACGACGGCCGCACCAUCGAGCCCGGCAAGCCGCUCUUCCUGGGACCUCUUAUCGUGAACGAGUCCUAUUCUCUCUUGUCGGUCACGGUCCCGAUGAUCAACAAUACCUCCCGCUCUGAUAUCCUCGGAUGGUUGACAAUGCUGGUCAAUAUAGAAAUGAUAUACACCGUGCAGAACUCCCCGGAGGGAUUAGGGAAGACGGGGGAAAUUCUUAUCAUUGGCCCUGCCACCGCCGACAAUGUCUUCGCUACGGAAAUCCGGGGCGCCCAACCAAGUGAGGCCGCAUCGCAGAAUGUUCGAUUUGUUCUGCCACCGCACAGCAAUGCCACGCUUCAGAACCGCCACAAAGCUCGGAGUACGAUUGCAAAUUCCUCCAUACCAUUCAGAAUGUCGUCGUACCCUGCCGUGCUGGCAGCUUGGACGAAAGACAAUCAUGCGAUCAACAACGCUGGCGCGUUCAUCUCCACACAUGAUGAAGAUGGUGCCAAGGUCUCUGCCGGAUAUGCUGUUGCAUCUACUCGCUUCGUGGAUUGGGCUUUAGUCAUGGAACAGUCGCACCACGAGGUCAUUGCACCCAUCUACCACCUGCGCAAUGUUGUCCUCAUCUGCGUCUUUUCUGUGGCGGGGCUACUUCUUGUCGUAAUGUUCCCCAUCGCACAUUACUCCGUUACACCUAUUCGACAAUUGCGUGCUGCAACAGCAAAGACCGUGGAACCUUAUCAACCCGACGAUUCGAGUGAAUACUCUAGUUCCAUGGGCAAUCGGGCCUUGACAGGGUAUGAAAGCAGUCCGAUCUCAACAGAGCAUGAAGAAGCUCGAAAAGAAGGGUUCUUUGGGAUAUUGCCGAAGUUCACAAGGACCAGACAACUCAACCACGCCAACAUCUCGAGAGGUAUGCGCAGAAGGACUUUCCGAAUCCCUCGCAAAGUGCCGGAACGUCAGCACUGCAUCACCGACGAGCUAACCGAGCUGACUCGAACUUUCAAUGAGAUGUCGGAUGAGUUGGCCAUGCAAUAUGAGCGGCUCGAGGAGCGGGUCAAGGAGCGAACAGCAGAACUCGAGAAGAGUAAAAAGGCCGCGGAAGCAGCAAACCAAAGCAAGACACUUUUCAUCGCGAAUAUAUCGCACGAGCUUAAGACUCCACUAAACGGCAUCCUUGGGUUGACGACGGUCUGCAUGAACGAGGAUGAUUUGGGCAGGAUUCGCUCUACGCUCAGUACAAUUUACAAAUCAGGGGACUUGCUUCUUCAUCUUCUUACUGAUCUACUCACUUUCAGCAAGAACGAGGUCGGUCAACAGUUGUCCAUCGACGAAGCCGAAUUCAGGUUGAGUGAUUUGAGCACACAACUGCUACCUACCUUUGAGAAACAGGCAAGAGAGGCUCAAGUUGAUCUGAAGGUCCAAUUCCUCGGAACCAGCGAUGCCUUUGGCGACAGCUCGGACAACGCUGGGGAGAAAUUGUACGGCCCGGUGGGUACUGGACGGGUCAGAGAUAUGUGUUUGUGGGGAGAUAAAAACCGUAUCUUGCAGGUCUUAAUGAAUUUCGUCAGCAACAGUCUCAAAUUCACGCCCGCCCACGGCUCAGUGACAGUUCGAGUUCGCUGCACUGGCUUGAUGGAGUACUACCAGAGCAGGGCAGGAAGUACUCGAAAAUCGUCAUUCAACUCCCGAAAAUCAAAGUCGUCAAGUCACAAAAAAGUCCGCAUGUCGGACGGUUCUCUCGUCCUGCCGGACAGUGCGGAUCACGAGAAGGCUCGAUCAAACUCGCCGCAUGAAGAGUCGAAGCUUAGCAUCAACGUUGCCGGGGGCACUGCACACAUUCAUAAAGUCGCCGAACGACAGAGGUCAAUGUCGCCACCUCCGAUCAACACGAAAGACUUGAUGUUUGAGUUCGAAGUCGAGGACACCGGGCCCGGCAUCCCGCCGGAACAGCAACAGAUGAUAUUCGAACCCUUUGUGCAAGGUGAUCUUGGAUUGAGUAAGAAGUAUGGCGGUACUGGGUUGGGUUUGAGUAUCUGCGCACAGCUAGCUGCUCUGAUGGGCGGCGACAUCUCCCUGGACAGUCAAGUGGGCGUUGGUAGUAAGUUUACCAUGCGUAUCCCUCUCCGUUAUGUGUCCGAACGAAGCCCGUCAACGGCAUCCUCGACACACAGAUCACACUCCAAGGCAAGCAGCAUUGUGGGUCAAACACUGCACGAUACCGUUGAUACAACCCCAUUGAACCAUGCCGGCUCCACGGCAUCGCUGGGAUCUACGCGAGACGACGCACCCGAAGAGACGAAAUUGGCAGACGUGCCAAGGAUCGUUGGCUUCACCCAGCCGUACGUUGCUAAGGAGACCAAGAAGGCCGACACAUCUGAGGCAAAGCUGGACGAGAUGAAGAAAGUGGAAACCGAAGCGGCACAGAAAGGCAGAAAGGUCCGCGUCCUUGUAGCGGAAGAUAACAAAGUCAAUCAGGAAGUAGUUCUCCGCAUGCUACGACUGGAAGACGUCUAUGACACAGAUGUGACGAUUGCAAAGGACGGCCAAGAGGCAUUCGAAAAAGUCCGAGAGUCGAUGGUGAGCGGUGAACGAUUCGACCUGGUAUUCAUGGAUGUUCAAAUGCCGAACCUUGACGGCAUUCAGUCAACCAGACUGAUUCGAGAGAUGGGUUUCUCCGCGCCCAUCGUGGCCCUUACCGCUUUCGCCGAAAAGUCCAACGAGGACGAGUGCAUGGCGUCGGGUAUGGAUUAUUUCCUGGCAAAACCGAUCAGAAGACCUGCUCUCAAGCAAGUCUUGAAGAAGUAUUGUGCCACAAUCCCCGAGGAGGAGAAUGAAGGCAGCACAACUGCCCCGACUCGAGCAAAAGACGGCUCCACAUCCCGACGGGCAAACGGUCAUCGACCUGCUUCGGUUUUGGGAGGUAAACCUUCCAACAGGGAGGUGCCUGGUUCAGAUGAUGUCUCGCCUUUCUCGUAA